GUUACAUCAAAUAGAGACGUAAAACGGUCAAUCAAGUGGCAAAACUAUUCAAGAUAGGAUUCAAAUAAUCUCAGUAGAUACACAAACCAAUAGGUGAUUUCUUCUUUCCUCAAGGAUAAGUGUGUGAUUGCGAUUGCCGGUAAGAAUUCACCACCAAAUAUAUUUGAUGAGUCCACUUCAUUGUCUGUUGCUCCGAUUUGGUAGAAACAGAGUGAACUCAUUUCAUCUGAGUCAUAGUUUAGCCACUGCUACUAAUAUUCUCGACAGCAAUGACAAGAUAAUAGCGACCCGAAUAUCAGAUUGUAACAAUCUACAGCAUCUUCACCAAAUUUACGCCCAGAUAAUCCGAAAUCAUUUCUUGGAGUUGUACCCUGCACAAUUCCACUGGAACAACAUUAUUAGAUCAUAUACUAGGCUUAACUCCCCUACCAACGCUCUACAUGUAUACAUCACUAUGUCAAGAACUGGUGUUCGCCCAGAUACUUUCACGUUACCCAUUGUUUUAAAGGCGAUUUGUCAGGUUCUCAAUUAUGUUGUGGCGAGGCAGCUCCAUGGGGUUGCAAUAAAGCUCGGAUUAGAAACUAAUAUGUAUUGUGAAAGUGGGUUUAUUAGCUUGUACGCUAAAGCUGGUGAAUUCGAGAAUGCACGUAAGGUGUUUGAACAAAAUAGUGACAGAAAGUUGGGGUCUUGGAAUGCUAUUAUAGCAGGGUUGUCACAAGGUGGGCGUGCUAAAGAAGCAAUAGAAAUGUUCUUGGAGUUGAGAGAGAGUGGGUUGCAGCCAGAUGAUGUGACUAUGGUUAGUGUGACAUCUGCUUGUGGUAGUCUUGGAGACUUGGAUUUGGCUUCUCAAUUGCAUAAAUGCGUCUUUCAAGCGAAAGAAAUGGAAAGGUCUGAUCUUUUGAUGAUGAAUUCUCUUAUUGAUAUGUAUGGUAAAUGUGGGAAGAUGGAUCUUGCUUAUAGGGUGUUUUCAAGGAUGAAGGAAAGAAAUGUAUCCUCAUGGACUUCUAUGAUUGUUGGAUAUGCAAUGCAUGGGUAUGUUAGAGAUGCGGUUGAAUGCUUCCAUUGCAUGAGAGAGGCAGGUGUUAGGCCUAACCAUGUGACGUUUAUUGGGGUGUUGAGCGCUUGUGUACAUGGUGGGAUGGUGAAAGAAGGAAAGUAUUAUUUCAACAUGAUGAAGAAUGAAUAUGGUAUUGCACCCAUGUUGCAGCAUUACGGGUGCAUGGUGGAUUUGCUUGGCAGGGCUGGGUUGUUCGAGGAGGCAAGGGGGACGAUUGAAGGGAUGUCGAUGAAACCGAAUGUUGUGAUCUGGGGGUGCCUAAUGGGGGCUUGUGAGAAGCAUGGGCAUGUGAAAAUGGGAGAAUGGGUGGCUAAGCACCUUCAACAGUUGGAACCGUGGAAUGAUGGAGUGUAUGUUGUAUUGUCCAACAUUUAUGCCAGUAAUGACAUGUGGGAAGAGGUAAGGAGGAUGAGAGCAAUCAUGAAGGAGCGAAAACUUGCCAAGAUUCCUGCUUAUAGUUUGUCAACAAGUUCAUAUUGAGACUGAAGGUGGACCUGCGAAGGAUAAAUGAUCAGAAACAUUUCUCUCUAUAAUAGAAGUGAGUGCACAAGAUGGCUGUCAUAUGCUGCACCUCACAAAAGUGGUUCAUAUAGGAGCAAUGUACCGUUGACCAUCAAUUUUGAUCCACUUAAUUAUUAUUUUUAUUUAUUUUUAGGUGAGAAUGUUGAUUCAUUUCGAGUCAUCUCUCCAGGAGAUGUGCUUGUGACCUAUUGUUCUAUGCAUACACAUUUAUCCCAGAAAAUAUAAGAUGAAUAAGAAAGGAGGCAGCACUAACUCCUCCAGUAUUUGUUAAACCUUCCAGAUUGUAGCAUGGAGGGGGAGAAUUAUAAUCUUCACUGGCCCUACCCAAUUUGUAGUCAAGGUUUUUCUAGAUUCAGGAGCUAAAGCUGUUGCAUGUCCUUCCAUUGAGCCCGAUGAAGCGCGGUUGUUUACAUUUCAGGAGUCAGGUGAUUUUAACUCUUUCAAUAAUGGAAAGUUUGUAAUUGGCGAAGAAGAAACAAAAGAUGACGACACUGAACCUUCUAGAGUCCAGCCAGUGCUUGGGAAGAUAGUGAACCAGAGAAAAGUGAAGGACACUCUCAGUUCUUUUGGGAUGAAUAUGAUGAUCAAGGGGAGUUAUCCCAGUUCAUAUGUCAGUUUUAUGAGUCUCUUUAUCAAAGUGGUUUAAGAAUAGAUGAUGCAUUACAACAUGCUCGAAGAUAUUCAUGCCAUCUUCCCAGCAUACCGUAGUUAGGUGGUUAUAUCUGACCAUGAUAGUCCCAAGGGAAGCGCGAGUUUGUUAAUGCUUAUGCUACUGCAUGAUGUUGCUUAUCAAAGCAUUUGCAUGGUCUUGUGUUGUAAAGAAGAACUGCACUUGUAUAUGCAAUGGAAAAGGAUUGCAGAAGGAAGAAAACAUGGAGAGAGAAAGAGAGAGAAAUAGUAGAAAUGAGUAAUAAUUUUGAGGCUUUUAACUGAUUGUUUGUGUUCUGUCUUUGAUGAAUGUUUGAUCAUUUUUCUUAAAGGUUACUCUUUUGUGA